UGUUACUGAUGAGAGCUCCAUGGCAUACUUGUGUAAAGUGUGAAACAAUCUCAGCCAGGCCGUGGAUUUCGGUAGCGUCGGAAUUCGCCAGUUCAAGCUAUUCAAACAGGGUGACUCCCCAGAGGGUCAAGUAUGUCUAUGUCUCAGAGAUGGAACGGAAGAAAAUAACGUCUGGAACCCAAACAUGAAGUCCCCGGCGUGUGGAACUCCUUGUUUUUAUCUUUACGGUGAAAGAUGGCGACAGCAACUGUCACGUGCUGAGGCCCCGAGAAUGAUUGCCCUUCAGCCUUCACGGGCAUGCUCAAUCACUGCAGCCGCUGAGACGGCAAAGUUCUGCUUACAUGUUCAGAGGAGCUAGAGGAGCUCACACUAACAGAGCAGUCAGCCGCCAUGAAGUGCCGUGCUUUACAGCUGUGCAUCGUCGCGGUGUUGCCGCUACUGGUACUGUCCCAGCGGCGCGGGUCCCCCAAGACAGCUCCAGGUGUCGAUUCAGGAGAUGAGGAAUGUAGCGGAGUCUACAGGGGAGAUGUCGGCAGCAUCCUGUCUCCGGGCUGGCCUCAGGUCUACCCAAACAACCAGUUCUGUGUGUACCACGUGUCGGUCACACCAGGCAGGACCGUCACCGUCACUAUCAACAGCGUGGAUCUGCAGGAGAGGAGGAGGAGGAAGGGAAAGAGGAAGAAGAAGCAAAGGGGAAGGUGCCCCGACGGACUUUCUUUGUACAAAGGAGGGCCAGGCAGUGUUAAAAAGGGAGAGACGUGUGGACGCUCCUCUGUGAAUCCAUUUACGUCAUCAAGUCACGAGGUGGUGCUGGUGUUCCGCAGCGACGGUUCUGUGCAGGGAAACGGCUUCAACAUCACGUACACAUCCAGUGGUUGUGGAAACCCCGCCAUCCCCAGACUGCAGUGGGUCCUUCCCGGAUCCAGGGUUGUCGGCGGGACAGUUGCCGAACCCGGCAGCUGGCCAUGGCAGGUGUCUCUUCGUGCAAAUGACGAUGUGACCUGGCACUUCUGUGGAGGUUCCAUCAUCUCGGAGGAGUGGGUGGUGACGGCAGCACAUUGUGUGGACGGUAACUACAAGCCCCUGGUUGUUGUGGGAGAACAUAGCCGGGAGGACGAGGGGGAUGACCCGGAGAGAGCCGUGGUGGCCACCGCCAUGACCAUCGCCCAUCCGGACUUCUACUGGUGGACUAUGGUCAAUGACGUGGCCCUACUAAAGCUAGCUUCUCCGCUAACAUUCAGCGAUCGGGUGUCUCCACUGUGCCUGGCAGAUACCAGCAUGGUGACGUCGCCGACCACCUUCUGUACCGUCACUGGGUGGGGCACCAUGGCCGAGGGAGGAGACUGCUGUCCCAACGAGCUCCAGCAGGCGGAUGUGCCUAUAGUAGCGGACGACCACUGCCAGCAGACGUACCAGCAGCUCUUCAGGCAGAGCUUCGGACUCGUGCCGAGGGCGCGCCCGGAGAAGCACAUCUGCGCGGGCUAUACCGAAGGAGGCGUGGACAGCUGUCAGGGUGACAGUGGCGGCCCGUUGACGUGCCAGGCCCCAGAUGGAACGUACUAUCAGGCGGGGGUGGUCAGCUAUGGCGAAGGCUGCGGCCAAGAGAACAUCCCUGGUGUAUACACCCAAGUUUCCUACGUCUACGAAUGGAUUCGCCAAACCAUCGAGGAAAAUUGAGUCAUUGUGACGGUUUUCAUCUUAAUAUAAUUGUGUUAGUUUUCAUAGCUGUAUGACUGCGGAAUUAACUCUGCUAACUCUGCGAAUAUAUGAAUCUUCCGUAUUGAUUCUACUUAUAAUAGGAGGGAGUAUGGCAACCUUAAAGGCGGUUGUAUAGCAGAUCAAACUGUAACAAAAGUUAGUUUGUGGAAAUGUGGGUGUGAAGGUAAAAUCUGUACAAGCAUCAGGUUAUAAGAAGACACAGUAGCCCUCGUCACUAUGGUCAUGGAGAGAUUCUCAGAACUGUCGCUGGUGUGUAAGACUGAGUAAACUUCACAUGUGGUGUUGUUUGCAUGGGAUAGAACAUGUGCUGAUGGAAGAACGUAAAGCUGCUCUCUGCCAUUUGAUUUCAUCUUAACAGAUUCCCGUUGUGAUGACAACAGUGAAAGAAACCAUCUAGAACCCGGUGUUCAUUUCAGAACAAAUAUCAGUUGGUGCUAACAGGCAAAAGUCACCCUCUACCUCCGCAGUUCAUAGGCGUGGGUGCAGUCUUCUCACUGAGAUCACCAGCUGAGAUUAAAGGCUUACAUCUUACGUUACACAACGUGACCAUGGAUACUGGAAACAAAUUCGUCAACAAGCAUAAGUUUGCUAGUACUACACAUGUACACAAUACAACUGCCUUUAACAUAAGGUAUUGUAGUCUGUGACACAUAGAUGCAAACAUAAAGGCUCUUCAUAACUGGAACAUUGAAGAACUAACUAUCAAGCUAUGCUAAUAACAUGCCCUACUUGGUGGCCAUACCGUAAGAUACGUACAUAUAAUGUUUUAUGUAUUAAUUCUAUUGUCCCUGAGCUACCACAAGUCCCGUUUUCGGGCCUGGAUGACCAUUGCCCUGUGGCCUACUGAGUGACCACCAGACUUGCCAAUACCGUCACAUGGCCGACCACGGGGAUUCAGAGAACUGCUGGGCGACCGUUUGUAGCUGUAACAACUUGUAACGACUUUUGUAACAACUCCAAACGGUCACCUAGUAAACACUUCUAGAUCUCCGACCACCUCGUGGUCAGCCAUGUGACUAGCAGCCGCUGAGUCAGUGCGAGGAGGUUUAACCUCCUUGGUCAGUGUGGUACGCUGGAACAGAGCAAUGGUCAGCUAGGCCUGAAGUUUGCUUUUUGUUAGCCUUCGAUACACCAGGAGAUUGUGGAUAGUAAAAUUCAGCAAAAAAUGGGCCAGGUUAGUGAGCCCGCGGUAAGGGUCUGGAAGACUAUUCUCUAGGCUAGAAUUGAUGCACUGCGAAGCAUUGUGUGGUUGACAGGCCAUUCUUACACAAGACUGUUUCGUGUUACAAGGAGCAAUCCGUUUUCAUAGUAAACAAUUGAAAGCAAAUGAGUUAACGCUUGGUUGCUAAACAUGGCAACUCUGUAAACACUGCGAUGAGAUUUUCUAAACUGUUUUCUUCUGUUACGAUUUGCGUUUUAAUAAAUCCUUCACAAUCCG